AUGUGGUGUGGAGGGGAGAGGGCGGCCAUGGAUGAGGAUCAUGUGAAAAACGUGGUGUCCUCGGAGCGUCGAGAUGACCUGAGUAAAUCCAGCGAGUGGGUGAAAAAUCCCAACUCGGCGACCAGCGAGGGGAAGCACGUCUCGACACUCUCGACACAGAGAGAUCGACCUGGCAGGGAGGCGAGAGUGAGGCUCCUGUCUUCUGUCCCUCAGGAGACCCACUGGGACUGCGGCCACCACAAGCACCACAGCCGCGUCCAACAGGAGCAUAGGGCGAGACGUAGGAGUCGGCGUUACCUGAGGAAGCGCCACCAGAGGUCCCCACAGGAUCGCCCCGUCGGCCACCAUCGACAGCACCUUCCUCUUCUUCGCUUCUCGCAGCCAGAGUAUCACCUGACGUUACGGGAGGACGUGCCCAUCCACACCUCUAUCCUGACGGUGGGCGUGGAGGGCGCGGGUGCCACCUUGACCUACCAUGUGAGCGACACCGUCAAUUUUGCCAUAGAUGAUGCAGGGGUCAUCUACAUCCUCCGUCAGCUGGAUCAUGAGGGCACCGGCGGUCACUACACCCUGAAGGUUACAGCAGAAGAGCAGGGAGGCGGAUGGCAAUGGCCCAGACCAGCUGCCAAGGUCAACAUCCAAGUGACAGACGCCCCCGAGCCCCCGCACUUCGACUCUGAGCAUUACCAGUUCACCGUAUCAGAGUUUGCGCGGGCAGGCAGCUACGUGGGCACCGUGAGGGCGAGUGACGAUGACGGGGAUCUGGACCGCUACUUCCUUCACGGCGCAGAGCUGACAGAGGCGCAGUUUUCCAUUGAUGUCGAAUCUGGAGUAAUCACACUGAACGAAGCUCCGGACGGGACACGCUGGGAGUUUCACCUUCAGGCAGGGGCUUCGGAUCGCCAGGGACACGUAGCUCUUGUUCCCGUCAGCGUCUACGUUCUCACCAGCAACCCAUCUUACGGGCACCUCGUCUCCGUGGACCAAGGUAACAACGGCCACCGCCCCGCGUUUCGAGACUGCGAGGACUACGAUGACAUUCAUGUGAUGGAGAACGUGACGGCUGGCAGUCCUGUCUUGACGGUAGUGGCGACAGACGAGGACAACGGACCCAGCGGCUUCAUUGCCUACUCUCUCAUCCACAGCUUCAGUAGUUUUGCGAUCCAAGCUUUGAACCGCCAGGGCAAGAUUACCACUACCCGGCGGCUGGACAGGGAUGAAGGUGACGUGGAGUUCCUGCUGACUGUGGUGGCCAAGGACGGUGGGUCGCCUCCCUCCAGGCCUCCUGCUCCUUCAGGGUAAUCGUGGACGACCUCAACGACAACCCUCCAGUGUUUGACCAGACGCGGUACGAGCAAACAUUAGCGACGGACCACAGCCUCGCCCUGCCUGUGCUCCGCGUCUCCGCCUCAGACAGGGACGCCGGCAGGAACGCGCACCUCACCUACCAUCUCGAGGGCCACCCCAACCAUCUCGAGUUCUUCUACCUGGAGCCCAUCACGGGGGUGCUCUCACUCAAGCGACCCCUCAGCGAAGCCAUGAUUGUGAGACCCGACAGUGAAUCAAUGUUUUGAGUUCGAAUCCUCGAAAACAACAUGAAUCUUUUCAGCCUCCUUGAUUAAUCCAUCACGCUUUCUCAAAUACGAGCAUUACACUCAGUAAAGGCGCCGAGCAACGGCAAUGGCACCAGCUGGGCGUGUAUGCGGGCUGCGCUUAACCCGCCCCUUGUUCCCACGUGCCUGUGUCGUGUCUGGUGCCUUAAUGAACAGCUGCGGCGCGCCUUGCAACCGCCCACAUAUUGGCUUGCCUUCCAAACAUUGCCGAAAUAGUCCAAAUUAUUGCAUGUCUAAUGAUGGUGCUGUCUUGCUGAUAAUGAUUACGCGCGUAGGAGAGGAAUGGAAAUUACUCACUCAGCAUCGGUCUUGGUGUUGCGUGGAAUAAGAAUGUUUACGACGUCCCUAUUGUCUGCUUUUGUACGUGAUGCUUCGCUCCAGCUGGGAACUACAUACUGAUAAAGGGUGGACCGUUCAUAGGAGAAUUUUACCAUGUACUAUAUUUCUGUCAGCCAAUCUCAUUUCAUCUGUCUAUCCACCGUUUCAUCUUUGUUUUCAUUU